ACAACUAGCUAGCGCAGACGCGCGACUGCACGGGUGCACGUUGGGGACCACUCUUCUUUAGUAGUACCGUCCUAAAUGAAUAUUUGGUCAUGUCUAGGACGAUUAUUAUUGAAAACCCGCUCGAGUUGAUCUAAGCCAAUAACUUUGCUGUAUGCCUUAAUCAUCUGACCAAAUGACCAAUGAGAAACCUAGUAUCGUGACUUCCGCUGUACUUUAAUCCAGAAAUAUGUAAAUUUAUUCGUUCAGCUUUUUUUGUUUCGUAAUCCAUUGCACGUGUCUAGAAACUCGACAAUCUAUCGAUUAAUCUAUCUUAAUCAGGAGAUUAUAAACUUACGUAAAGUUCCAACACAAAACCAUCAAUUUUGUCUUCUGUGAGAUUUCAGCGUUAGAAUUAUAGUCUCCAUUUCACAUUUUAUGUUCACUCGCGAAUUAUAUAUAAUGAAGAAUUUUAAAAUCCAGAUGCAUCAUCAAUAUUUAUUGUCUUUAUAUCAGACUAAAGGAAGAAGUUAUACAGAAUAGAUACAAUCUCAUUUAUAUAAAUCUGCAAGAGAAUUUUCAUGAAGUGUUUCCUCCAAAUGAGUUUAUUAGCAACCCUUCUUUACUUCACUAACUAGACAAAUGUACAAAGGAAUUUGCAGCAUCAUUCCAAUAUCAGCAAAGAUAACAGUUGAUGUAUGGAAAUAUCUAAACACAAAAUUAUUAAUAUACUGUGGUGAGUAAAAACAAAUUAUGGAAAAUGAAUUGUGUGAGAACCAAAUUGAAAAAGAAAGGAUAGAUUUUUCACAUGGGAUGCUGAAAGAGGAAGAGAAAACCUUAUACGAUUGUGAUAUCUGUAAAAAGUCUUUCUCUCAAAGAGGUCACCUAACUGCUCAUAAACAUAUUCAUACAGGAGAAAAACCUCAUCACUGUGAUUUCUGUGGUAAAUCAUUCUCUCGAAAUGGUGAUUUAAAUAAACACAGACGUAUUCAUACAGGAGAGAAACCAUAUCACUGUGAUAUCUGUGGGAAAUCAUUUUCAGUAACAAGCCACUUAAUUACUCACAAAUAUAGUCAUACAGGUGAGAAGCCAUAUAAUUGUGAUAUCUGUGAUAAAUCAUUCUCUCAAAGACAUAUUUUAAAUAGACACAAAUAUAUUCAUACAGGAGAAAAGACAUAUCAGUGUGAUAUCUGCUGUAAAUCAUUCUCUUUAAGCAGUCAUUUAACUGCUCACAUACGCAUUCAUACAGGAGAGAGACCAUAUCACUGUGAUAUCUGUGGGAAAUCAUUCUCUGUAACUGGUCACUUAACUACUCACAAGCGCAUUCAUACGGGAGAGAAGCCAUAUCACUGUGAUAUCUGUGGUAAGUCAUUCUCUCAUGGACGUACCUUAACAAACCACAAACACAUUCAUACAGGAGAGAAACCAUAUCAUUGUGAUAUUUGUGGUAAAUCAUUUUCUCAGACUGGUAACUUAACUAGACACAAAUAUAUUCAUACAGGAGAAAAGCCAUAUAACUGAUAUCUAAACUGCUAAACUGAUUCCAUGAACAGAAAGCUUGAAAGCAUCCUCCAAGAUGUUAAUAUUGUCUCUUUCAAAAGCAAGGAAAUUCAAAUAAUAUUCAUAUCAAGAAAUCAUUAUUGCACCACACUGCAUUUAAUUAUGAUUAGCAUGCAACUAGAACCGUCACAACUGAUCCAAUUAUUAAGUCUACCUAUCACUCAGAAUCUCUCCUAGCAAAUGCUUAUCCUUAUAGUUAGGAUUGUAUGCUAAUUAGUAACCCUUCAGUAAGGAGCCAGGAGAUACUUUAACAUCCUCCUCCACACACACACACUUCUUAUUGACACUUUAUAAAGCUCAGAUGAGAACCAAAAUUAAGUAUUGUUCCCUUGUUGGGGAUGAUGCUGCUGCAUGCACAGACAUGCUUCAGCCUCUGGCGCAUAGGUAUGCUAUUAUCUUGUGCCUUUUCUAUUGCUACUAUAGUGGCGUUUGCACCUCGAAGUUGGCUGGGUUCAUGUCACACCCACUCAGGCAGUCCCAACUCUCUUCUUUUCUCAUUCCCCUUGUUGGGUUCAAUUGCUUAGCCCCCCCCCACACACACACACACUUAUCACUGCACCUUGUCAUUCCUUCCCAGAGUGCUGGUCUAGAAUUUGCUUCCUGCUCAUGACUUUACUGUGCGUGAUGACAACAGCAACAUUGAUGUCAUCUAUCUCGUUUGUCUUGGAGGGCUUGUGCUUGUCAUGGGCAUUGCUCUUUCUUCCAGCUCCAACAAAUAAUAAAAUAAAAAGUCUUCACUCCUUCAUGAGGCAGUCAGUCUAACCAUUGAAGUAAAGACAAGAAAGUGUAAUGACAGAAAGAUGAGAGGGGAAAAGAACAAGUGUCUGACAGAAGAAAUGGGAUGAGGGGUUUCUGGAGGAAGGAGUAAUGGAAGAAUGACAGAUCUGAUGUUAUCCUAUACAUGCAGAUGUCUUGAAGAGAACAAGAUGGAGAUCAAUUAAGAUCCAAUGCUAUCCCUCAUUACAGAGACAACGUGGUGCAGUGAAUAAUAGAGAGGUUAUCAAAAAAAUGGGAAACAGAAUUUUUGAUAAAGUAUUGUAUGAAAGCCUCCAAUAUUGUAGAAGCAGUUUCGUAAGUACCUUAUGUAGCACCUGCAAACAAGUACAAUGUGGAGCCUCUUCAGAUAAAACCCAUGGUGGUGGGAAGUUAGAAGCAUAAGGUGGACAUACAGAAAACAUUACUAUAUUAAAGAGAAUGGACCUGUCACAUAAGGUACUUACCAAACUGCUUCCCCACCCAACUCUACUAGAAGUGAGGUGAUAUAUGGAUCCUUACUCUGUGGUACCUCAUGCCAGGGAAAACUGCAGAACUCCUUUGAAAAAUCCCUCCGGGUGAGCACUGUUUGGACCAAUGUAUAUAAGUACAUCACAGGGACUUGUAGUAGUACUAAGUUUUACAUAGGGGCUACUAUGAGCCCUGUGAAACAGGGCAUUGCCUUACAUAAACAUUCUUUUUUCAGCCUGAAGAUUAGUUCUCUACAUCACUAUCCAGUAGUAAUUACAGUUGGUAGUGGGAUGUACCUGGCCCUGUAGAAAGGAAAGCAUCCCUGCAGUCUUUGUAUUAAAGCUGGGUUAGAGAUUAUAUUAGCUAGUUGUAACCCUUAUUUGAUAAACACAAUGAGAUAGGGUUGUUUUGUGCCCACCAAAAGUCUCAAAUCUGUCGACACUACUGGGUAGGUUGUAACUAAUGAGAUAGGCUAGUCUUCAGCUCUCAACAUGUUAAUAGUGAUAUCUAUGCCACCAAGCCCUACUAUUUUUGCAUUUGCAGAAUAAUGAACUGUGUCCUAGAUCCUAUACAAAAACACCUCUUUUGUUUAUUCCCUGCAUUUGCAUCUCUAUCGUCCUAUCUGUUUAUAUGUACCCGUUGGCCAUGAUUGUCUCUGGAACUUCUUGGCAGGUACCAAAUAAUCCCACCACCAUUAUCAAGUAUUUUGCAAAUAGCCUGGACUCGAUGGAUUUCAAUACCUGCCAUAGCAAUUUCAGAUACUUGUGAUUAUAUACCCUUUGUUGAUGAUUAUAUACACACUGUUGAUGAUUCUUAACAGUGGAUGGAGUUUAAAUGUUUGUUACACCUUUGCUGACUUGUGCAAUCAACUCGGGAGGACUUACUAUUGUACAUGCUGGUUAUUUGCAUGGCAGUAUGACAAGGUUUUAGUUGUGCAUGUUUGAUGGCAUCAAGAGGUGCUGUUUGGUUAUGUGACAUGACAGCUUAUGUAUUUGUAUGCAUGUACAAGUGUGCACACAGGUGGCUGAAGCCAAGUGUGUGAGUGUACUUGUAUUUGGUUCUGUGUGCGUGUGCAGCAGCCCCUAACUGGUGGUUUGCAUUUGCCUUUGUUUUGUAACUAUUUUGAAUGUACUAACCCCUACCAUAUCUGCCAAAUAGCAUUUUCCUCAGCUAAAUGCCAUAAAUUUGUCAAUGGUCAUUUUCUUUUACUGUCUCCUUGUGAUGUAUGCCACUAACUGUUGUUCCUCAUCUGGUUGUGAUUUUGCUGUUAUAAUUAUUAUUGAUUUCUUAGUAUUAUUAAGGUGGUAAAUUGGCAGAAUUGUUAGUGCAUUGGGCAAAAUGCGUAGCAGCUUUUCUUUUGGCUCUUUACAUUCCCAGUUCAAAUUUGCUAUGGUUGAUUUUACAUUCUUCCUUUCAGGAUCAAUAAAAGCGAGUACUAGUUGAGCACCUCAAUGUAAUUGACUUACCCGCUUCCUUAAAAUUGCUGGCCUUGUUCCAAAAACUUUCAACAGCGUUAGAUGCGACCACAUUUUGGUCACUGUCUAAGGCAUACCCCCUCAUUACACCCACUCGUAUACUUCUAUGGUACACCUAGCUCACUUAUGGUUGCUGACAACAGGAUCGUUUUUUCCACAGGUGUCCAGCAGGAUUAUCUUGGUCUGCUCCUUUCUGUGCUGGUUGUCAAUGACGUUACCUAAUCAGUCUGCUCACCCUUCAGUGUCUUGUACCUAGAUGACGCAACUCUAGGUGGUGCAGCUAAAUCUGUAGUUAGGGACCUUCAACAGGUUAUUCCCUACCUAAAGCUUAUUGGGCUUGAGAUCAACCCAUCCGAGUCAGAAGUGAUUAAUGUGAGUGAUGGUGAGGUUGAAUUUUGAGAUGCCUAACUCAAUAUCCAGUCUGUCUUGGAGGGGGUUUGGCUGACACCAAAGGACACUGUCUACAUCCUUAGCUCCCCAAUCCUCCUGAAUACCUUGCAGACUUCCAAGUUGACCAAGAGAUUGUGCCUCAUUGACAUGCACCCAGUACUCUUCCUCCUGAAGAAUUGCUUUGCUCUGGCUAAGCCCCUUUUUGCACUACACAGUGUGCCAUGGUCAGUAUCUCAGAGGCUGCCUCAGUAAUUUUGAUAACACCAUCUAGAGCUGUGCUGAACUGAACUGCAAAGUCUGUUUUGACAAUGCUGGCAGGCAGCAGGUCAAACUGCUUAUUAGAUUUGGUGGCCUUGGUCUGUGAUCUGCAGUGGACUGGCUCUGCUAGCCUAUCUUUCUUUGGUCUCUUCCAGCUGCACCUUCAUUGUCAAGAUACUCCAUGGGAUAGCCAAACCUAAUGUGGCCCAGGAACCAGAGUUGGCUCUAGCCAGAUGGUCCACUGAUGGGCUUACCAUCCCCCAGAAUAAAAAAGUCCAACCCUCAAGCAGCUAGAGACAUCACUAGACUAGUACCACCUAGCCUUUCUCUGUUCUGCCUCACAGCCAAAUAGUAGUACAUAGUUCAAAUUAAUAAAUACAGGGGCCUGGUCGGCUUGAGAUGUCAGAUGUUCUAGGACCCCAUUGUACUGAUUUCCUGUACAAAACAGGGAUAACGACAGCUUGUUGGAGAAAUACACCCUGUGAGGUUGCUGGCCAUUCUCUGUGGCAGUGAUUACUGUGGAGCAUGGUUGAGCACACCAUUUUUUAUGGGGUAUGUGGUGGCUCAUAGCCCCAUCUGGUGCUUUACCCCCCAUCUUUUUUCUUUUUAUUUUUAUUGUCUCUCUUCUUUCCUGUUUCUUUGUAUUAAAUGUUCUAAUAAAAUUUAGUAUUCUCCCUUA